CUUCAAGGAGUGGCACGUGAACGCGCACCAGGAAAAAAAGGAGCGGCGGAAUGCCGCGAGGUGCCUGCAGCACUUGGUUUUUACCCUCGCGAGGCGGAUGUUUUCCGCCUGGGUGGCGUACUACGAACGGAAAAAUAAGAAGUACGCGCGCCGGAAAUUGGCGGAGCAGUCGUUUGUUACCCGCCUCUUCACGCGGUGGAAGCAAAACACACACGUGUCCGCUGUCUUGAACCGGAUCAACCGGGUGAUGCUCUCGAGGACCAGCGAGGGACUGCAGAGGCUCGGCUGGUUGGCCUGGCGGAAGUAUUUGGAACGAGCCAGGAGAAUACGCUGGGCGGGGGAAAUGGUAUAAAAUAGAGAAAAUGCAGACUUUAUUUGUGGCUUUGGAUUUGACCACUACACGAGGUAAAUCAAUAGUUAGUAGUUUACGCGCGACUUUUUCUCUGCAUAAGAAAGUUCGAAGAACACAUGGACAUACAGGUCUUUGGCAGAACGGGAAAGAAGUUGAAGCGCGCAGCCUUCCUAUCGUGGCAGCGGGACCACGAUUACAGAAUGACUCUGAAAUUCAAGCAAAACGACGUACUUGUUUCGCAACAAAACUUUUGUUGCGCUAUUUUCUCAGGUCUCUUUAUGUUUUGCACGAGAUAAAGCAGGCUUUUACUAGUCCAGCAACAGGAGCGUCUGUUGGCGCAUCACUGUUGCUGAAUUCAUCAGGAUAUCAAGCACUAUCACUACACAUUUGAAACUAUUUCUUCUCAGCUCCUUCGGCGUCUUUUCUACACCAGCCGCAAAGGAGCUUUCGACGCCUGGAAGAUGAUCACGAUUGCGGAGAAAACGCUAGAGCAGCUCAGCGGACAUUUGACCGCCAAAUCCGAGGUCUCGUUGAAGAGACUCGUGCUGCGCGCGUGGAACACCGAGGCCAUCUCGCAGCGAAAGGGGAAGCGCAAGCUGGAGUACAAACUGAAGCAGAUCAUGAGAGCGAAAAAGAGCCGGCUUUUACACAAGUGGCACGUGUUGCUGAUUGUCACCAGGUUCUGCGGAGACAACGCGGCGAAGUCGCUGGUACUGUACUCUAGGUUGGUAGUUUAUUUUUGGCAGAUAGCACCAGGGUUUGAACGCUUUUUCGCCUAGCUCAAGAUUUCUUUUGGGAAGAUCAGAUCUGCAUCGAUUUUCAAAACCCAAACUACCUCAGUGUCUCCGCCCCUUCCGGUCUUGGCACAUUUUGACCAAGCAGCGGAAGCGAACCAACCAAGCCGCGAGGAAGAUUCGGCAGAAACGCCAGAAGGAGUUGAUCCGACCCUGGAUUUUCCUGACCAAGGAGAAAAUCAGAGAGAAGCUGCGGGAAAGAAAGAAGGACAAGUGGAGACUGAAGCUUUUCUACCUGGCGUUUUGCAAAGGCUGCCACAAAUCUCGGCUGUUGACCCUGAAGCAGCCGUUUUUGCUCUGGAAGUUCAUAGCGGCCGCGAGAUUGCGCACGCGAACGCUGAUGUCCGAACUGUUUCAGGGGGUGUUCGUGCGAAGAUGGGCCUGGAAGAAGCCGCGACGGGAAAAAGUGAAACUCUGUCGCAGGGUGCAAGGGAGAAGAAGACUGCACUGGGUGCUGGCUGGAUGGUAUAAGAUGGAAAACUUUUUUCUUUUUGACGUUGAGGCGCAUGUGAAACUUAUGUUUGAUGUCACAUGCGGUGCCUUCGCCCCCCUUCUCUUUACUGUGUAAUUCCACAACCCACUCCAGGCACGAGUCCAUUUACCUGACCCGGUACCGCGAACAGCUGGUGACCCGGCGGGCGUUCUUCCAGAUCACCAUUCAGCAGAAGCGCCGUGAACUGUGGCGGUUGUCAAAGCUGGCCGGAUUUUUAAAGGCCCGACUCUGGGAAUACUUCACGAUUUGGAAGAAGCUCAUGGAGAAGACGAACGAAAAUCUCCGCGUCGUGGCGUUGAAGCGGAAAAUCCGGCAACGGGAGCGGGAGUCCAGGCCGAGUUUCUACUACAACAUCUGCGAGUUCUGCAUGAAGCAGUGGAAGCGGUUGUUUCUGGCCAGGAGGCAAUACCGGCUCAAGUACGGCGUGCGGGUGCUGCAGUUGUGGAGCUCGGUGGCUUUGAAGAACCAGGACCGCAUCGAUCUGCUGAAUCGGCGGAGGAACGUGCGGGAUUUCUCCUACGUUUUUUCCUACUGCAGUUCCAAAGAGCGUGGUGUUGUAAGUGGAAGCUCUCUGAACGGCGGCAACGCCAGUUUGCUGAGUUCAGUCGUGGCUGCUGGAAGUUUUGGGGCCGCGACAGGCGGAGCUUAUUCUGCCUGUUCUACGCCGAGGAACUACACUAAACCAUCCCUGUCUCUGAAACAGCAGCUCGUGAACCGAAACGCCUACCGGGUCUCAAACUUCGCAAAUUCAAGCAGUCUGCUCGUGCACAAAUCUACUGCGACCGCGAUGAAAAGUCCACCUGGGAACAAACUGCCGCUUUCUGUGGCCGACGGAGAUGCUGUUGAGCUGCAGUCGGAUCAAAUGAUCGCGUCCCCUUCUUCAAAAAUCGCCAGUACAUCAUCGAACGGCCCGCUCGGCCACAUCGCGACGGCCUUUUUGCAACAUCGGAAGGAUAAUUACGACGUGAUACUAAACACGAAGCAGAACAAGUUGCCCAGCCGCGGCCAUUCUCGCAGCAAAUCGUUGUCGCCACACCUCUCUCCUGCGCGGCUUGCGGCGGAGAAUAAGAGCGAAACUCUUUCUCGUUACUCCUCGAAGGGAUCCAACGUCGCGGGCGGCUCGUCGUCCAGUCGGAUUUUCGUUGUUCCGACGAAAUCCACGAAGGCGCUGGGUGGCGCUUUUUCGGAUAGCUGCCACAACCGAGCACUGUCAAAGGGGAAAGAGAGGCGGGGGGUGCCGGAGGGGAACGGCUUCGGCGUAACAGCUGGCCCGAGACAGAGUAGCGCAGGAGGAGCUUCAUCUACUAUGAAACGAGCGCACUCGAGGACCGCAAGCGUAGCCGGGAAUUACGGCAACACUGCGAGUCGGAUGCGAAGUUGUACAGCGCGGAGUAGAAAUUACGACGCCGAUAAUAAAAAUGAAAGAAUAGCAACAACUCUCGCUCCCAAAGGAGAAGAAGACCUCGUCAUGUCCCCGCCCCGCAGGCCGCCCCUGGAGCAUCCGCCGCCGAGCGCGCAGAAGCAGAACCCGGUAGAGCAGGCGCUAUUUGGGCCUGUGAAGGCGCUCCAGCCGAUCGGCGUGAACUUCUCAGACUUGCGGGACGAGAGUGCCCUCGAAGGGCAAGGACAGCUCGGAGAAAAUGUUGAAGGCGGCGUUUUCAGUACCAGAACCCUCAAAUCACCAAGGAGGGAAAGUACAACUACCGAGGGGAAAAAAACUUCGGCCGUCAUUGACUACUUCCGGUACGGGUCGAGUCCUGGCUCGAACAACGUCGGUCAAGCAAAGCCGCAGGCUUUAUUGCACAGCAACCCAAAUGUAGUGGAUCAGCAUCGUGAGCCCAGUCGCAGCAUUUCGCCAAAAUCUAGCGACGGGCGCGCCAUGCGGGAGUAUGGUUGUGAUUGGUUUGUGUCGGACGCGAAAGCACAACCAAGCACAGGUACAAGACUCUUGAAAAACUUUCAGCAGGGAGGGAGCAGCAGCAGCACGUCGAGGAGAGAACUUGUCAUGGGAACUAGUAGCGUAUCAAGUACGCAGCUACAAGGACCGGACACGAGCCCACGACGCAUUCUUCCGAGACCAACAUCGCGCUCACCGCCGCGGUCGCAUUUUUCGAAAGAAGUGAAGAACGAAAUAGAGCAAGCGAGUAGUAAGCAAAGCGAGAGGAAGAUGUUGCGCACAUUGACGACAAAAGACCAACAAGGCAUAUCCGCUGCACCUCCCGUUGAGUUAUCACUUCAGAGUCGCACCAGCUCGAAAGCCAAGAGCAUUCACAUGGUGAGUGACGGAAAGAAUCCGUCGGGGAAGGAAGUGCAGCACUACUUCGAGCCCGCGCCCCGGGAGAACGCCGAGGACCUGUCGCCUUACAUUCCAGCAGAAUACAACACCAACAGUUCUUCGAAGGAAACAAGAAAGAAAUCAAGGGACAGAGUGAUCACAGCACCGGGUGGAGACGUCGCCGAUUGGAAGCUCAGCAGCAUGUCUGUACCAGCGAAAGACACCAGCGAAUAUCGCUCCUCCACGAAACAAAGCAACGUCUCCUCGGUCUUCAGCUCGGCGGCUUCGGAAAUGAAAAUCGUACCCAUUCAGGAGAAUGCUGGCGCUGCGGUCUUGUCAAGCUCCUCGUCGAGAGGGCGAACGAAAGAGGAUCUGGCUUUCUCCCCGGAAUCGAGCCGAAUCCUCCUCCACGCCCCGUCGGAGGAGCACUGCGCCGCGAUUUUUCCGAAUACGGUGACAAAAACCGGCAGCGUGUCGAAGAAUUUGGAAAAUUUCAGCCGGGACGUGAGUAAGCAGUCUUCCAGGAUCGAGCAGCUGGCAAAAGAGAUCCACUUGUUAGAGCAGAAAGCUUUGCGCGACCCCCAGUUCGGGAUAUCGAAAAACGGAUUGCAAGACCCGGAGGAAGCGGAGCCGGUCGCGUGGAACCGACACCCGUCUGUUCUUGAUUCCCGCGGAAGUAAGGGCCAUAAAAGUUCGAACAGCGCCGGCCCUUCCUCUCCCGCAAGCUCUUCACGACAUGCGGACAAGUACAGUGCCGUCGCUGCGAAACAGUACGUGAGUGACCUGCUGACCAACCCGGCCAACUUCGCUCCCGGUGGGGUUUUUGCGACAACGGGCGCGGUUGCGACGUCCCCUUCGUCCUCCCGCCGGGACCCGUGGGAGGUCUUUCCCCACGCGGUGGAAUCCGCGAAGAAGGCGCGAAGUCCGGAAAGGAAAGUCAUUUCGCAAGAAAGAGAAAGUAGAGCUAAACAACAACAGGGAUCAGCAGGGGCUGCACCCACCACCUCUUCUUCGAAACACGUCCGAACCUUCGCGAUCCCGGACUCUUCGAGAGAUUUGAUCGAAACGUUGGAAAGACAAAGGUCGAAUUCUCCGAGUUCUACUAGAGAAGCUGCUGGUGGUGGUACAAAAACUGCAGCGAAAUUGACGUCAAGAACGCCGUCACUGAGUAAAAAUUCUCCACGAGCAGGACCGACAGGCAGCACACCAAACACGCCCUCGCCGCCACCGAAAACAAGCUUGCUCCUCCCCUCUGCAGGCCCGGGCGGAGCUGUGGUGCCAUCGGUGUCGUGGGGUAGUGUCUCGAACAGGACGAUAUCGCCGGAUGUCUCUGUCGCGUCGGAGGCAAACUUGACUUUGUCGCCGAUGAGAGGUAGUACUACAAGGGGUGAAACCGCCGGGCACCAAAGGCGUGGUGAAGUAGGAGGUGCUUCUUCGAGUGCUACAGAAAGAGCAAAUCGAGGAGCAUCUUCUGGAACUGCAGCGCGUGAUAUCACGACGGGGGCAACUUCUGUCGCUACUUCUUCCACUACCGGGGCACGUCCACCUGGAAAACUCGAAGCAUCUUCAACGUCGAAAAUCAACCAGAAGAACGUGAUGUACUUCUAUUCCGCGACUUCUGAACAACAAGCAGUGCCACAGGUCGUGGAAGAGGUCAGUUUCUCAAGCCAGAAACUGCUGCCGAACACGUCUUCAUUGACAAUCGCAGAGGAUGAUGAAGAUGACACUGACGGCGAACGUCGGGGAAGGAUCAAGAAUAACGAGAAAAGCCUGAAUCCGGACCAAACCAGCAGCUGCAACCUCUCCUCCCGAAAGCCGAAGGGCGUUUAUUGCGCUUCCCCAACGGAGUUCGAUGUGGUGCCACAGGGAAGUGUGGUGAAAGACUUGCACUCGUUGGAAGUAGAGGAUGUGGUGGACGAAAAGUCUGAAGAUAAAAAUCGCGACUUAGCAGGACGAGGUCGACAAUUUGUAAAAGAAGAACCAGAAGUCGUAGCUUCGUCCACUAAUAAUCUGCAGUCUUUCACCACCGUUUAUUCCUACAACGGAGUCAUGUCAGCACCGGCAGCGAAGUCUACUUCGGUAGUAUCUCCCCCUUCCCAGGAUCGUACCAGCGCAGACGCUGCUCUUCAAGGUGCCACUGUAGUCGAAGACGCGACCCCGAAACCUGACCGCGCAACAGUAGGAGCCUCGUUCAGUAAAGACAAGGUGGUUCUUGUGAAAGGGAGUCUCGGCGGGAGGAAGGCUACAAGCUCCUCGUCCACGGCUUGUGCGGACCGUGAACACGAUAACGCGACGAGGCAGCAAGGUCGAGAAGGCGCAGCCACAGCCACCGCCAAACCCGCGGGGCCUUUCAAGCAAGGCGCGGCAAGCCGGCAACUGAGCAUUUCGCACCCGAAGUUGCGGCCCAUCCAGGCGCCGUCCCUGCGCGUGUUGUCAUCCUCGAUCUCGGGCACUGCGUCGUUGAUUGCCGCCAGUCGCGCGUCAUCCACGGGAAGAACGGGCGGGAGUGCGACUAACGGCAGUCACAGCAACGCAAGGAGCUGAAACGAAGAUUUUAAUCCGGCAAAAACAAAAUUGAGGAAAUUUGGUCGUGCGAGGUUGGAAUAGAGCGCGUUCCACCUCCACGACACCUCGCCUGGUCCGGGGACUUUUCAUGGCAUUACCAUCAGUAUCCUAUGUGAAAAAUCGGGAACGACGUCGUCUCGGUCUCCCACAGCGGGAGCUGAGAAAAGGCUGCCUCGAUAGUUAGUGAGCUUUGACUUUCAACAUUUUUCAAAAUCAACCAGUGCUGUUGACCACGACAUUGUAAAUCACACAACCGAGGUUCUUGAAACACGCAGAACUUCACGGGCUUUGCUUCUGACAUUCGUACGUAGACACUUUUCGCUCGAAAAAA